UCCAUCCCAUCCCUAUUGGGCAGCAAAAUCUACGUGGAGCACAGCAAUAUUUCUGAAAUUAUGGAAAACAAACUGGAAAAGCAAGAGGAGCGGGCCAACGAUUGGGAUCAGAGUGAUGAAGAUGACAAUUGGGAUGACUGGGGCGAUGACGAUGAUAAGUUUGUGCACGUGGAGAAGGAGCAACAGCAGGAAAACACUGACGGAAGAAACAACAACAACGCAAUAAGAAAAGAGGAGAAACCACUGGACCUGGAGAUGCGAACACCGCAGGGCGGAGACACAGCUGCUGCUCAAGAACCCUCCUCAUCUUCGUCGUGGGGCCUGUGGGGGGGUAAACUGAGCUCUGUCCUCAGCACAGCCACCGAGGGAUUGGGAAAUAUAACCACACAAGUGAACCAGGGCCUCAGUCAGAUUAUAGGAGUACCCGAUCCCGAGGAGCUGGCACGUAUCAAUGCCGCAGAAAAGACCAAAGAGGAGACGCCGGUCGUCAGUCCAAAGGAAACACCAGCAGCGACACCAGUCGAUCCCAAUCAGGAGAAUGCAUUUGGCCUCGGUUUCGUCACGAAUCUGGGUUCCAAAGUCCUUAACACGGGACUGGACACCCUCGAGGGCAUUGGCAAGAAAACCAUGACCAUACUGCAGGACAAUGAUCCCAAGUUGAUGAACAAAAGGAAGCUCCUUGGUCUGGAGGCCAACAAACCCAAUUUGAGUGCAUUGCUGCUGGAGGCCAAAAAGGAUGCGGAUCAAAUGGAGGAAUCACUGAUGCAGCUCCAGUUGGAGAAGAAAAAGGCGCAACUACGCUUUGAGAUACUCUUCGAGAACUACUGCGGUCUGGUGCACUACGAGGCAUUGGAAAUCCUGUCCAAAGAGUCGCGCCUGAAACUUGACACGCUCUUGGAUGCAGUCAGUGGCAAUGCUCUGGCCGAUCUGCAGGAGACCAUUAACGAGGUGAAGGAACUGCUGGAACUGGAGGAUCUGGAGUGCGAGAGCGAAGGCGACUAUGAGCCCGAGGAGCUCGGCGAGCGUCUGUUGGCCACCAUAGCAGAUGCCGAACUGGGAAUUCAGUUCGAAGAGGUGGCAAACCACUGGAAGCAGUCGCUGACUUGGCUACAGUCGGAAGAGGCCACCGCAUCCGAUCUGGAGCAGGCCUAUGCCAAGAGCAUACACGCCCUGAGCGAAGCCUGUGCGUUGGAAAUGUGUAAGCUGCACAAGAUUGCCGAACUGCUGCUGGUGAAGCAGCAUCACAGCACCGCCAAUGAGGUCGACGGCAUUGUCAAUCUCUGCAAGCAAUGCAAUGGCCAUCUACAGGGUCUGAGCCACCGCUAUGCGGGUUUACUGAGCAGCAAGGGUGCUUCUUCCCCCGACACUGCAGAGGAGUCCAAGGAGCGGGUCAACACAUUCUUUGCCGAAAUGUUUGCCGCCGUGCAAUACAUUGAGCAGGCGUACAAGCUUUUUACGCCCAUUUUGCAAAUGGGUGCGGUCUAGGGGAGGGUAGAUUCCGAUUAUUUUGAUCUAUGAAUUUUAUAUUUGUUGUAAUUGAUACGAUUAUUUAUAGCAUUGUUUUGGUUAAUCUCUCUGUAAGUCUUAAUUGUUUUCCAUAAACUACUAUAAAUGUACACAAAUUUUGAAUCUACAGAGUAUGCGGAUUAUUGUGAUAACACAUUCCAAGAAAGCGCAAAUUUCUUUUAUAAAUUAGAUGGAUUAUGAUAGUAGGAAUAAUUUAUUAGAUCAUUUUAGAUCUAAAAAAAAGGGUUUUUGCUCCCUAUGUACAUACUAUUUUUAGAAUACACUUUUUUAGCAUCAUGAAUGCUAUGAUUAUUUUCAAACAGA